AUGAGCAUCGACACAGAGAACGCGAUAUAUACGACGGAUGAGUAUGGUCGGCCUUUCAUCAUCUUGCGUGAACAAGCCAAAAAGACCCGUACCCAUGGAAUCGAGGCGAUUAAAUCCCACAUUCUUGCUGCACGGACUGUCGCUAAUAUCGUUCGCACAUCGCUCGGUCCAAGAGGACUUGACAAAAUCCUCAUUUCACCCGAUGGCGACAUUACGGUAACGAACGACGGGGCGACAAUUCUCAGUCAAAUGGAGGUUGAACAUCAGAUCGCAAAACUUCUAGUCCAGUUGUCCAAGAGUCAAGACGACGAGAUCGGAGAUGGGACAACCGGUGUUGUUGUUCUGGCUGGCGCGUUACUGGAACAGAGCGAGGCAUUACUGGACCGAGGCAUACAUCCAAUCAGGAUUGCAGAUGGAUUCGACCGUGCUUGCUCUGUAGCAGUGCAAGAGCUUGACCGUAUAUCGGAUCGCGUCGAAUUCUCAAAGGAAAACACCGACAAUCUCCUUAAGGCUUCAAUGACGAGUUUGGGUAGCAAAAUUGUGUCCAAAGAACACAGACAAUUCGCUCAGAUUGCCGUCGAUGCUGUCCUGACCGUAGCUGAUCUCGAACGCCGGGAUGUGCCUUUUGACCUCAUUAAAGUCGACGGGAAAGUUGGUGGCUCCCUCGCCGAUACAACAUUAAUAAAAGGCGUGCUCAUCGACAAGGACAUGUCCCAUCCACAAAUGCCGCAUGCUAUCAGGGACGCGCACCUCGCUAUACUGACAUGCCCUUUUGAACCUCCGCGACCCAAGACAAAACAUCACCUCGAUAUCACAAGUGUGGAAGAGUUCAACAAGUUACGGGAAUAUGAGAAAGAGAAAUUCGCAGAAAUGAUCAAGCUCGUCAAAGACACUGGGGCCAACCUUGUCAUCUGCCAAUGGGGCUUCGAUGACGAGGCAAACCAUUUGUUGAUGCAGAAUGAACUUCCCGCAGUUCGAUGGGUUGGUGGGCCUGAAAUCGAGCUUAUCGCAAUCGCCACUCAAGGCCGUAUUGUGCCUCGUUUCGAGGAUCUUACCCCAGAAAAGCUCGGCAAAGCCGGAAUUGUGCGGGAAAUCUCCUUUGGAACAACGAGGGACAAGAUGUUGGUCAUCGAAGAGUGCGCAAACACUCGAGCGGUCACCAUAUUUGUUCGCGGGAGUAACAAGAUGGCGAGUUUCCAAUUUAUUGUCGAUGAGGCCAAGCGUGCUUUACACGAUGCCAUCUGCGUAGUCCGGAAUCUUGUUGUUGAUAACCGUGUCGUCUACGGUGGGGGAGCAGCGGACAUCAGCUGCGCGAUUGCGGUCUCGAAAGCAGCUGACGAGAUUCCUUCAAUCGAACAAUACGCGAUGCGAGCCUUCGCGUCGGCACUCGACGCAAUCCCUCUGGCCUUGGCGGAGAACAGUGGUCUUCCGCCUAUCGAGACAUUGGCGGAGGUCAAGAGCCGGCAGAUAACAGAAGGGGACUCUCGUCUUGGAAUAGAUUGCAACGGAAGGGGGGAGAAUGACAUGAAGAAACAAUUUGUAUACGACCCACUUAUUUCCAAGCGACAACAAUAUUUGCUAGCCACACAGCUUGUGCGGGCAGUACUCAAAAUCGACGAUGUUAUCGUUGCCGGGGAGGCGGAAGACUAG